AUGAAGAUUGAUAAGUUGUCGGUUCCAAGAGAGCAUAAAAAGAUCCGGUCACAAGGAAAGUUUCGUAAUCAAAACUUUGUAUUUGUAUCAAGUAAAAUCAAAGUUACGGUAAUAAUAAAAGUAUCCUUCUUUCCGAUAAAUAAAACUAAAAAGACUAUGAUAAGUUCCCCAAGGAAAUGCGCCAGUUCGUCACAAUCAAUCUUCGAAAAAGUCGAGAAAAAAGAAAGACUCAACAUCGAAUCUAGUCUUUGCUUUAUGUCUUUUACUAUUACUAUUAUUUAUAGAAAGGCAUCCUCUCUAUACUCUAAACCCUUAUCGGGGAGAAGUCACUCUUCUAAGUGCUAUAUACGAGCAAAGGGAGGAGGUCUCUAUGGAUAG